AUGGCUUUUUUGUUCAAGAGGAACCCCAAGGCUCAGGAGCUGGUUCGGAACUUGAACGAUAGUCUCACAAAACUAGAGUCUUACCCCACGGACAACAGUAACCGAAAAAAGGUGGUCGCAGAUAUCAGCAAGAACCUUAGUCAGAUCAAGAUCAUACUACAAGGAAAAAUAGAUAAUUACGAGGAGUUGGACGACGAAAAUGACGAUAGGCUCGAUAUGGCGGAUUCUCCAAGUGACUACACGGACAGAGUCGGAAGUAACACCGCUGAUUUAUCCAUCCCUGGCUUGGCAGGUUCAAAUGUCGGAAGCCCAGAGACUGAUAGUACCAUCGACCAGAUCAGUCAGCUGGCGAACGAAUGCUAUAUCACAGAUCUUUUGUACCGUCUACUACUAAACAUAGAAACUUUGGAAUUCAACUCACGUAAGGAUGUCUAUAUCCUGUGUACAUCUUUGUUGAGGAGAGAAAUUGGAAAUCGGUCUCCCACUAUUGAUUACCUCUUGACUCACGACUAUGUCAUUCAAUUACUCAUGAAGGCCCCCGAAUAUCAUAGCAAUAUUAACAUAUUAUUGAGCAACAUACUGCGAGAAUGUAUCAAGUUUGAAAAGGUCUGCCGGUACUGCUUGAACAGUGAGUUGUUUUGGCAAUAUUUCAAAUACUCCCAACAAUCUUCAUUUGAAAAUAGCACUGAUGCUCUCAUCACGCUUAACGAUCUGCUCGCCAACCAUCAUGGAUUGGUACAAGAGUUUUUUAGCAAACAAAGUAAUCUCGACAGGUUCAUAGAGAACAUCAACAAGCUCAUCACAUGUAACAACUAUGUCACAAAACGACAGUCAAUCAAAUUACUAUCCAAGUUGAUUUUGCAGCGAUCCAAUUAUAAUUUAAUGACGGACUAUGUAAAUAACUCCUCCAAUUUGAAGCUGAUCAUGAUUAACCUCAGUGAUAAAUCCAAGAACCUUCAGUAUGAAUCGUUUCAGGUAUUCAAAGUUUUUGUGGCAAACCCGAAAAAGAAUAGACAAAUUCUUGAUAUCUUGAUAAAAAAUAGAGAGAAAUUACUUUUCUUCCUGAAAGAGUUCAACUAUAAUGACAAAGAUACUGUAUUUAACGAAGAAAAAGAGUUUUUGAUUCAGCAAAUAGAAGAGCUACCAUCAAAGAAUAAUAGUACAUAG